CUCUUCCAUACUUUGUUUUUCUUCUCAAAUAGAGUUGUGAAAAAUCUCUACGAAAUAAUAACCCAUGAGAAAUCUGUAUUAAUUGUUGGAGCCAAACAGAGCUGGAUAAGCAAUUCGUUCCAGUCGUUGAAGGGCAUUGAAAUGGGUCUGGCAUUGGCAUUGGCUUCCAUGGCAGCCGCUAUCAUAGUUGAGGCCAAGAAGCUAGAGAAACCGAAAAUCACUCCUGGGUAUCAAACCCAGAUAUGGAGAUAGAGUGAGAGAGAACCGACCCGAGCGACCAGAUCUGAAAACCAGGGCAUGGAUUGAGAGGGAAAAUGGAGAAAAUGUGAGAAGAUUCGAAAGGAGAAAGGAGGCUGGGUUCAGAAAGAGUCCCCUAGCCUCAUGAAUACAGGAACAGAGAGAAGGAAAAAGAUUACAAUCCAGGGAAAAAGAGAAGAAUCAAGAGCCUUUGGAAGAAAGAGGAGAGCACGCAGAGGGAAUUUGAGAGGGAUAACCUUCAAUCAAAUGACAAUGGGAUAACUUUCCCUAUUAGUUUUGUAGGGGACUCGAAGUGUGUCACUGAUUCUUCAAUUGCUCUUUUAAGUCUACUGAAAUGAGGAGUUCAAUGAUAUCCUCUGAGAAAAGCAUGGUAGACUUAGUUGAUUUUAAGAGCAUGUCCUCAAGAGAAUCCUUUUUGGUUGAGAAUUCAAAUGAAAACUCAUCUGACACCGUAUCUUUGUGUAGCCCUAGUGAUUUGGCUGAGUUUUUUUUCUCUUAUGGUGCUACCACCUUCGCCAUCAACCAGAAUUUUGCCCCAGAUCGAAGAACAGUGUUGUUUCAGAGACGAGAUUAACUUCCUCCACCAGAGUUCGGUCAUUGGACUUAAUUGAUUCAAGUGCUCCUAGGUCUACUGAAAUUUCAUGUUCAGUUGUAUCUUCUGAGAAAAACGUAGUAGAAACAGAUGAUUUUUCAAGCAAGUUCCCGUUAAGUGGAUCCUUUUUGCUCGAGGAUUCAAAUGAAAACUCACCCGCAAGAGAAGUAUUUUGUCAUAGCACUGUUGAUGUGACUGGGUUUGUCCCUAACACUGUUCUUCCAUCUUCACUGUCAAGUGCAACUUUAUCUGGGGAUAAGGCAUCAGAGACUGGAUUGUUUUCCAGUGUCCUGUCAUCAGAAUCAAUUGAUUUACAUCAAGCCUUGGGGACAAAAUAGGCAUUUAAGAAGAGGUAUUGUUCUCUCUUCUAUAAACCGCAGUUUACCCUCUUUAUCUUUAGUCUCUUUCUUUGGUUAAUUCUUCUUUCUUCUCCCCUUUUUAGGUGUUUGGCAUUGAUAACUCUAGCUUAUUCAAUAUGCAACUAUUUGACUAAGGCUUUAUAGCAUAAAAUAUUUCCCUAUGU